AUGUCAUCACCUCCACGACCAUCAUUAUCACACCCCGCACCUCAGCUGAAUGGAGCAGCUUCUGGUCCAAACGGUACAGCCCACGCUCAGCCUUUGUCUUCGUCAGAUCCAUCUCCAUCCGUCUCUACAUUACCGCCGGCGGCGAUCGCCCUCGCAACGCGGCUAUUUGAGGGUGCACGGCAGGGAGACGUUGCGCUAUUUGAGGAGGUGCUUGCUUACAACUCGGGGAUGAAGGAUAUGCGAAACGAUAAGGGAGAUUCUCUGGUCAUGCUCGCGGCAUAUCACGGCCGUCUCCCCCUCCUCCGCCUUCUCCUCUCACACGGCGCCGACCCAAACAGUCUUAACGACAGACAACAGUCCCCCCUCGCCGGCGCUAUAUUCAAGGGGGAGAAGGAGGUGGUCGAGGCGCUGAGUGAUGCGGGCGCGGACUGGGGAGUAGGGGAGCCGAGCGCGAGGGAGGCCGUGAGGAUAUUCAGGCAGGAGGCGAUUUGGGGGGAUCGGAUGGGCGGUCAGGAGAAGGGAGCAAAUGGGAGCCGGAAUGGAGUACCAAACGGGGGAAGCUAA